AUGCGUCUCCCCUAUGUGGAUCCCAGCACCAUCACCGACCCCGAGCGCAAGGCCGUCGUCGAUCGGGUCCGCGCGCGUCGAAACCCCCGUCCCCUGCAGGCCCUCGAUCUCGCCCUGCUACACUCCCCGGCCGUGGCCGACGGCUGGAACAGCUUCCUCGGUGCCAUCCGCACCAAGACGUCCCUCGGUGACGAUGUGCGAGAGAUUGCCAUCUGCCGUGUCGCCGUGGUCAACGAGGCCGGGUACGAGUGGACGCACCAUGCCCCUCUGGCGGCGGCGGCCGGUGUCAGCGACGAGGGCAUGAAGGUCCUGGCAGAGCGGGACUUGGGACACAGAACGGGCGGCCAGGGCUUGACGGAGCCGCAGUGGGCCGUGGUGAAUUUCACGGACGCCAUGACGCGGGAUGUGGCGGUCCCGGAUGAGGUGUUUGCUGGGCUCAAGAAGCAUUUCUCGGAUCAACAGGUGGUUGAGAUGACGGCGACGGUAGCGUGCUAUAAUUGCGUUAGCAGAUUCCUUGUUGCGUUGGAUGUCGGAGAGAAGAAUGGUGUCAAGGGCUCGGCCGUGUCCGGUGUCAUAUCGAAUACAACUACUACUCAUUGA